AUCGAACAAAUGAUGGCCGAAAUGAAUGAACUAACCGAUACAUCAGAUUCGACUACUAAAACCAACACUACUAUAAUAUCACCCGAUAGUACAGAACUCGAACCAACCGUAUUCGAAGAGUUGAUUUUACAAUCACCCACUUCAUCCUCAUCCAUGUAUGCCAUACGUUCUCCUUCUCCACCAUUGCCAGCCUACUUCAAAUAUCCUUUACAUCUGAAGGCACCAGCUCAAUAUCAUCCCUCCGAUUCGGAAGAAGAGGGUGUUACUCUUACCGAAAUUGUUGAAAUACAUCGUGUACCUUCGGUGGCUCUUAUAACAAUGGAUAAUAAUAAUUUUCAACCUUCCAAUAUGCCACACGAUGUUGAUAUGGAUGUGGAAAGUCAAGUGAAUAACAAUAAUACAUCGUGUUCGUUAUCGUCCACUUUAACCGAUAGUAAAACUUUGGAUGUACGUACACCCAUUGUGGUCUAAGCAAAAAGCAAAAAUAACAACAACAAAUAGCAACUACAAUAAAUAGUAAAAAAAGUGUUUAUAGUCAAUAAUUAAUAUCAUUCAGUGUUGGUUUUGAUGUGUUUACUACAAAAGCUAAAAAAGAAAGUCUUUUAAAAGUAAAAAGUAAAUGGCAACAUUAAUUUCUUUAUAGGUUGUGUUUAUAAUUUCUAAUUUUAGGAUUAUGUAUAAUAUUUUGUUAAGAUAUUCUAUAGAUGUUGCUUUUAUUUGUUAAGAUUUUAUUUUUUACCAAAAAAAAUGUAUUUCAAAAUUGUGAAUCUAUUGGAAAACUUGAUUUUGAACAUACAGAGGAAAAAUACAUUUUUGUUGUAAUGUAUGUUUCGAAGAUAUACAAUAGAACCCGAUUUUUAAUAUUAACUUUAAUUUGUUUGCUGUAAACAUGUAAAACAUGUUUAAGAUAU